UUACAUAUUACGUUUCAAAGUUUAUUGAGAAGAUUUCUAUGGUAUUGAAGCAGUGAACAAACUUAUGUCUUAUCGUCAGGGUGAAUUAGCACAGUUUGAGAGCAAAUGUAAACGAAUGUUAAAAUAUAAUACUAGACAAACAAACAUGCGUGCGUAGACAGUCGGUGAAAAGUUGGAAACGAAAUUUUAAUUGAUUAAAUCAGCUAAUAGAUUAUCAAUAGGCAGUUAAUUAAAGGGCAUUGCAGUAUUUUCUGAAACAAUUGAAAAUCACUGGUUUUAAAUAAGAUGACUAAAAGUAAGAAGCGUGUAAAGGAAGAACAGCAAGUUAAGGAACACAACGCGGUGGUAGAAGAACGUUUAACAACUACCAAUGAUGCCUACACACAGGGCGCUUUUUGUUACCUCCGACUACUCACUCAUACGAUUGGAUUGCUACAAUUCGCCUAUGGCAUAUAUUACCAUUGGUACAAUGUACAUUGGCCACAACAUUUGCAAGAUGAAGAAGAGUUAAAGACACGUUGGGGUGGCAAAUUUAAAUAUCUUACCUUCCUUGAUGUGAUAUUACAAGCUCUUUAUCAUUUGGUGGCUCUGCUGAAUGAUUUAAUUGGUUCGAAUGCAGUGGGACAGACACGCUUUAUGCCAGGUAUACGUAAGUUACGUGAUUACAUGUUUGCGGCAUGGGCUUUUCCUAUAGCACAUAACGUUUGCAUCUCAUUCUGGGUUAUAUACGCCUUCGAUAGGGAACUUAUCUUCCCAACAGCACUGGAUGCGAUUUUCCCUAGUUGGCUAAAUCACAUCGUACACACUAAUGUUGCUAUGCUCGGCAUACUUGAUAUGUUUACUUGCUUCCGGCAAUACCCUAGCCGUAGUGCCGGUCUCACUGGCACUGUGGUAUUUAUGCUGCUUUAUAUUGUCUGGAUGCAUAUUGUACGCUUCUUCUCGGGUCAUUGGGUAUACCCGUUGCUCGAGGUACUUAAUAUGCCAAUGCGCUACUUUAUGCUAAGUUGCCUGCUGGGAUUUACUGUUGUCUGCUACUUUUUGGGAGAGUUUUUAAAUAAAACUAUAUGGAGUCCAGAGUUACGUUUGCUGGAGCUAAAAAAUGGCAAAGCUGAUAAAAGUCAUUGAAGUAAACAUUUUUUAAAGCAAGUAAAUAUGUAUGUAUAGUUGAACGCUGCUUUAUUUUGAGUUUUUGGUUUCAA